AUAUCAUAACAUAAUUAGACACCAAGGAAUUUAAUUCAACAAAUACGGAGUUCAAACUUCAAAACAUUCCCUUCUUCUCACCGGACUCAACUCCGAUCACCGGCCGUCUUCCGUCGGCGUUAGCAUACAACCCCUCUUCUUGAUUCUUCUUCCUCCUAUUCAAGGGUAUCUCUUAUAUGAAUGUUUUGAUUCUUGAUAUGUAUGGAACCUUUUGUAUUAUGAAGAGAUAUGAACGAGGAGGAACAGCAACUUGAUCCUGUAUCUAUAGAUACCGAAGAGGAUGAAGAAAUUGAGCCACUUUCGGGAUAUCCCAUGUUUCAUGUAACUCUUUACAAAUCACACGUCAGUAGUCCAUAUCAAUUGACAAUUCCUGCAGAAAGUGCUCAUAUACUUCCCCAUAAAACAGCCACAGUUACCCUCACUCGUGGCAAAAAGAGUUGGAAAACAACUUAUUUCGGCAGUCAUCCAACCCAUAAAAGAUUUGAUUUUAGCUCGUGGAAAGAAUUUGCUGUUGACAACAAUCUCAAGGUUGGAGAUGUUUGUAUUUUUGAACUCAUUGAACUUAGUGGUGAGGCUUUGAAGCUCAAGGUUCAAGUUCUUCGAGGUGACUUUCCUUCUAUUUUACUAGGAAAUGACGGCACAAGUGAUAACCCCAUAAUUGUUGAGUGAAGAUUAUGAUCAAUCUUCUUUAAGGUCUUGACUUAAAUUUCUUAGCUUAGAAAGAUUUGGCUUUUGUUUAAGAAAGUAUGCAAGCACUGUAUAAUCGCUUGAAUAGGAACAUCCAGUUCAUUGAGGUAAAGCACGUUGGCAACACCGGUCUGUGACAUAGCUCGCUAUGAGUCAAUGACCUUAGCUUGGCCCAAAGUGACAUAGUAUGAUAGUAGUAGUGUAGUACUGGGAAUUUGUAAUAUGGAGUUGGUGUACUGUUAUGUAUAUUGGAUUAUGUAGAGAUUAUGGUUUUAUAAAUGAAGGGAGUGUUAUUAUUAAAAUUA